UUAGCUCGCUUGGAGAAAAUUUUGUCAUAUCUGGCCACAGUGGAGCCAGCUCCAGAAACAGGAAACCCCCAAAAUUUGCUGAACAGAACUUCAAUCACAGCUAGGACUAUGAUCGUCGUGUGACCGGUCUGGUACGCACUAUAAGGACGGGCAAGACUAUAAAGGGGAGGGAAAAUACUGUUUUUCAGGUGUCUGCAGGCAAGAGAGUGCGGGUGUCCAUCUCUGUCUGUCUUUGUGUGGGUGCGUGUGAGCGUGUAUGCGAGAGAGAGUGCGAUUUCCUCACGCAGUCAGCAUUUAGUGUGUGGCUUGUGACCUGAAGACAUCUGCGGCACAAUGAGUGAGCUGGAACAGUUGCGGCAGGAGGCAGAUCAACUACGCAAUCAGAUCCGGGAUGCCAGGAAAGCCUGCAGUGACUCUACUUUGUCACAGAUCACAGCUGGUCUGGACUCAGUGGGCCGGAUACAGAUGCGGACGCGACGCACUCUCAGGGGCCACCUGGCCAAGAUCUAUGCAAUGCACUGGGGGAGUGACUCCAGGCUUCUUGUCAGUGCCUCGCAAGAUGGAAAGCUUAUCAUCUGGGACAGUUACACCACAAAUAAGAUGCAUGCUAUCCCCCUGCGCUCUUCCUGGGUGAUGACAUGCGCCUAUGCUCCCUCUGGGAACUAUGUGGCCUGUGGUGGCCUGGACAACAUCUGCUCCAUAUACAGCCUGAAGACCCGCGAGGGCAGUGUGCGUGUCACCCGGGAGCUACCGGGUCAUACAGGUUAUUUGUCCUGUUGUCGUUUCUUGGAUGACAACCAGAUACUGACCAGCUCUGGAGACACCACCUGCGCAUUGUGGGACAUAGAGACAGGCCAGCAGGCCACAACAUUCACCGGCCACACGGGGGAUGUGAUGAGCUUGUCUCUCAGCCCAGACUACAAGACCUUUGUGUCUGGAGCCUGUGACGCCACCUCCAAGCUGUGGGACAUUCGUGACGCCAUGUGCAGGCAGUCUUUCACUGGCCAUGUGUCCGACAUCAAUGCUGUCACUUUUUUCCCCAAUGGCAAUGCCUUUGGCACCGGCUCAGAUGACGCCACCUGCAGGCUGUUUGACCUGCGUGCUGACCAGGAGCUGAUGAUGUACAGCCAUGACAACAUCAACUGCGGCAUCACAUCCGUGGCUUUCUCAAAGAGCGGCCGUUUGCUGCUGGCCGGCUAUGACGACUUCAACUGCAACGUCUGGGACACUCUGAAAGGCGAACGGGCAGGCGUGCUCGCCGGCCACGACAACAGGGUGAGCUGCUUGGGCGUCACGGAGGACGGCAUGGCUGUGGGCACCGGGUCCUGGGACAGUUUCCUGCGGAUCUGGAACUAAAUGAAGCCAACCUCCUCUGGGCUGUCCUCCAUCAGCACCUGAAUUACCCCCCACCCCCUUCCCUGCCAUCCCCCACACCACCCUUCACGCAACCUAACCUGACUCAUGCAGGGCUAGAGCUGAAGGAGUCAUCCACGGUGUAGCCCUUGAAACAAUCUUUUCGCCUUUUGUUCCCCCUACACAGCAACCUGAAUAUUUUCAAGCAGCCCAAUCAAAAACAGUCAAGGGAUAAAUUGCUAAAA